GGAUAACUACGAGACGGCUGAUUAAGGUUAAGGUUGGCGGUGAACCCAUUCUGCUGCAAUUACUUGUGUCUCGUACGGUACUUGAAGAACCACCGUGUCAUGGGAUUCGCCGGCAGUCUAUCUUCCGACCAGCUCGAGUUCUUCAGCUCUCAUGGUUAUCUGGUGAUCGAAUCCUUCUCGAGCGAGGAGGAGGUGGGAUCCAUGCGCAAGAGGAUGGGCGAGUUGCUCAGUGAAUUUGACUUUUCCGUCUCUUCCAUCUUCUCCACGAGAAAUCAGAGUCUCACUACCGAUGACUACUUCUUUGACAGCGCCGACAAAAUCUCCUUUUUCUUUGAAGAAAAAGCUUUUGGAGAUGAUGGGAAAUUGAAGCAACCAAAGGAACUCUCCAUUAACAAAGUUGGUCAUGCACUACAUGAGUGUGAUCCUGUGUUUAAAGAAAUCUCGUAUUCGGAAAAGUUUUCGGGUUUGCUAUCCUCCUUAAGCUACAAGAGGCCAGUCAUCAUGCAGUCCAUGUAUAUCUUUAAGCAACCGGGAAUUGGAGGCGAAGUCGUACCGCACCAAGAUAAUUCCUUUGUCUCCACAGAUCCACCAAGCUGUACUGGUCUCUGGUUGGCUUUAGAAGAUUCUACAAUUGUUAAUGGCUGUCUUUGGGCUAUCCCUGGGUCCCACAAAAAUGGGCUUGUUAGAAGGUUCACUAGGGGUGAAGCGGGUGUGACCUUUGAUCGGCCAUCCCCCUCAUAUGACCAGAAAGACUUUGUGCCUAUUGAAAUGAAAGCAGGGUCUUUAAUUGCCAUUCAUGGCGAUCUGAUCCAUCAAAGUUACGAAAAUCUGUCCCCCAAGUCGAGGCAUGCCUACAGCUUACAUGUGGUAGAAUCUGAUGGAUGCAAGUGGGCAGAAGACAACUGGAUACGGAGAGAGACAAUGCCAGAGCCUCUGUAUGUCUCUUGAUUCGUUCAGAUCAUAUAAUAGCAACUGCAUAAAGAAACCGUGAGCUGCUGCUCUAAAUUCACUUGUCAUGUGAUAUGACACUUUCCCAGUUUCCUUGGGGCAAAUUAUGAACAGUAAUAAGAAGAGCAAGCAACUUCUUGUUAUAUUUAUGUUUUUCGUUGUGUUGCUCUGUCUACACGGAAACCAGACCCGUUCUUAACACGUGCGCUAUUGCUA